CUUUGCGGCGGCGCUUUGCGGCAGCCGUUGGUGGCGGCGAGGGCGGCGGGCGCGGGCCGCCAUGGAGGGCGGCGGGAACUCCAAGGGCACCGGGCUCGGCGGCCUCUUCGGCGCCGGCGGGCUCGGCUACUCGCACGCCGACCUGGCCGGGGUGCCGCUAACUGGGAUGAGCCCUUUGUCACCGUAUUUGAACUUGGACCCCAAGUACCUGGUGCAGGAUACAGAUGAGUUUAUCCUGCCCACAGGAGCCAACAAAACUCGAGGCAGAUUUGAGCUGGCCUUCUUUACCAUUGGAGGAUGUUGUAUGACAGGGGCAGCAUUUGGUGCACUGAAUGGUUUGAGACUUGGCUUGAAGGAGACACAGAAUAUGGCGUGGUCAAAACCUAGAAAUGUACAAAUUCUAAAUAUGGUGACAAGGCAAGGAGCGUUAUGGGCUAACACUCUGGGAUCACUGGCUCUACUUUACAGUGCAUUUGGAGUCGUCAUUGAAAAAACACGUGGUGCAGAAGAUGACCUGAACACCAUAGCUGCUGGAACCUUGACAGGAAUGCUAUACAAAAGCACUGGUGGAGUGCGCGGGAUAGCACGAGGCGGGAUCGCGGGCCUGACGCUGACCGGCCUCUACGCCCUGUACAACAACUGGGAGCACAUGAAGGGCUCCCUAGCCCGGCAGUCCCUGUGAGGGACAGAGGACACGCUUGCUUAGUCACCAAUCAAAUCAGUUGUGAGAUCUAUCUGGUGCCCCUUGCUAUUUUAUUUACAAUUAGUGUGAAACUGAUGGAAGCUGUGCUGGGAGGAACCUCUUGACACCGUGUAGCUGGACUGGCCCUUCCCGCCAGCCAGUUGCUGGAGAGGCAGCAAUAUUUGUUGGACCUGCAAGUGAACAGAGUGGCCACCAAGACAGUCUCCCUGCCAUGCUCCCCAAGCAGCCCUGGCCAGGGCUGCCAGGCGUGCUGGGCCCCCAUAGCUGAUCCUGCUCGCUGCCAGGUUUGCUGGGUGCCUGUAGGGUCUGUGUCCUUGGAGCACUCCCUGCAGUCCCAGUGCCUCGCCUGGCAGCACAGCCCCAGCAGCCAUGGCACAGGCAGGGCUUGCUAUUCUGGCAGCACAAGGCAAGCUAGCAAAAGGGACAUCAUCAGAAUAAAAAGGGUGAUACUUACUCAAACCCAUUUCUAUCCUUUGCUCUUCCUGCUACAAAAGCAUUCUACAUCCAGUGACCUAUUAUGGAUUUAUUUUAAAAGACCUGUGUGAUGAAAUCCUGGGGGAGUUGGUGGGUGAGGGGAAGUGGACAAGCAGGCUGAUCAUCUCCUGAUGUUGUUACACUAAGGCAUAGCAGGGCUUGACUUCACUCCCUUAUGUGCUCUAACAAAUUGGGUGUUUAUGGAUGAAAUACAGUUGCUGUUGCAUAACAGCUGCCACUGCAUUAUCAAAACAUUUGGGUACUCUAAUAUCCCAGAACUCAUUUAGCUAACAAUUAGAAACCAAAUAAUAUAAAGACUGCACUUAUCACCUAUUAUAGGACUUUUAAUUAGCAAGAAACUUUUUGUCUGAAGUACCAUAUGUAGGUUAUUGGCAGAACAAAGACUGUGAUGAACCUGCAUGUUCUCCAGUGUUAAAUUUAAACCAUGUACCAAGUAUCAUUUGCAGAUAAAUUAAACAGUAAGUUGGGAAUUAGUUUAGUAAUUAGAGUUACUGUGCAACUCAUUCCUUCCACAAUUAAAUAAUUAAACAGGCAAAAUAUUGAAGAGGUCUGAAGACCAGGAAGGUAGAGCAAGGGAAAAACAGAAAACUUACUGGUCAGGAGACAGCAUAAUGCAAACCAAAUUUACAUUUGAGUUUUCACUACUGAAACAGCUCUUAAUAGUUACAUUGCUUACACCAAAAUAAAAACAACAAAAGCAGGAAGGGAAGGUGGUAGCUCUUACCUUCCCCCAGGAAGAAAUGCCACUUUGCUGAGAAGCCUCAUUGGUGGCAAAUGACCACUGAGACAGCUUUUUAUAGAGCAGGUGCUCCAGCUAACGAGCCACCACAGGUGAACUCAAUUUGCUUUGCUUGGCUGCCAGGUCAAAUUAGUUGCUUCAUGCCAGCAAUUAAUGUGGCAUAAAGGAAGCAGGCCUUUUCUCACCCCGUGUCACCUGGUUUUGUUAAGCCUUGAUCCACAAUGCCAUAGUGCUCUGCAUGUUAUUAUUGUGGUGUGAGAGCUGCACUUCCUUCCUAGCAUGCAUUUUUUGAGGGCUGUGCCACCAAAGAAACUGUCCCCCCUCUUCCAGGCUGCAGAGGGGUGAUGUGGGCUUCAUCUGCACAGUGCUGUCACAUGGGACAUCAGGAAAACACGUGCACUUUCUUCUGAGCUUUUUCUCUCCCCACUGGCAUCAAUGAGUUCCUCCCCUGCCUGUUUCCUGGUCACCAUUGGUUGGAUUUGUGUUCCUGCACUCUUCACUACACUGGAUGAAGGAUUGAGGACUGCUUUGGGGGUUGAUGGGGAGCAGGGGUGGCCUUUUUAAAUGUCAGGAACUCUGCAUUGUAUCUUAGGUUUUUUUAAGACUUUUCAGGACUAAAAUGUGACCCAGGAACUGUCUUGUCCUGAUUGCAGUGGGUAAACCAUGAAGCUUAACAAGUGUAUUUCCUUCUUCAGGUGCACUGGAGAUAAUAUAGAAGCAAGCCUUUUCAACCUUAAGGCUAGGCUGACUCUUGAGCAGCCUUGCAUGUUGUCUGGUGUGCAGUGCACUCACAUUUCCUGGAACUGCUCACUUCAAGGGCAGAGCUGAGAGCAUUUUUCUGAAAUAGCUGUGUUACAGCUGUUAAAAGUUUUGGUUCAUAAUCUGUUUGUAUAUGGAGUAAUCUGUAGCUUGAGCUAUGAAACACAACCAGCACAGAGGCAGCAGUGAGGGAGGUGAAUUGUACAAUACAAUAAGGAGAAUGUGUUUACAAUAUUCUGUGUCAUGACAUCCUGCAUUCACAAUUUACUGGAAAUCAGUAUGAAGUUGCUACUUUAAAUUGUGACCAAAAAUAUAUCCAAGUUGAGUAGGAAUAAAAGGAUGUAAAAUCAAGUUGAAAACAGAAUUUGGCUGAAGUUAGAGCCCUCCCAUGCAGUGUUAGAUAAAUGUGAGCAUGGGAGACCUUGACUGUCCUGGAAGAGUGGGGUUUUGGUGCCAGUUGUGGUAUCUUUGCUGACAGAUCCAAGGCAACUUUCCAUGCUGUGGCACCAAGUGAGGGAGCUGAGACAGCAAGUGUCAUGGAAGGGUUUUGAUUCUUGUGAAGCUGGUUCUGCUUAGUCUUUGGAACAGAAAGGCAAAUCCACUUACACCAUUCCCUGUCAGUAGGUGACUUCUCCGCAGUUGGAGGAAUUUGCUGAAAAAUCACUGCUUAGGGUGGGAGUCUCUGGGCACCCUGAAGCAGAAGCAGCUUCUGAACACAGGAGGCAAAUGUGUGUUAGGGCAGAAAAACUGCUCCAUGUUUAUAGUCUUAUUUCCUGUGACCUAAUAUGGGACUUCAAAAGGAGAGGGAAAUCCUUUUGUAUGCUUUAACAGAAGGUUACCUAUGCCUGUGCUUAAUAAAUUCUAGAUAGGAAACUGGAAUGUUUUAAGUGGAGCUUUGUGCACUCUGUGAGUAUUGGUCUGUGCUGUUCAAUGCCAGCCAGUGCAGGGACACCAGAGGGUAUCCCAGCCUUUUUUGGUACUUUCCCAGCAUGGUUAAUACCUGCUCUGUGUUCCUCACAGGUAUUUCCCCCUCUGUCCCUGCCCUGUGGGAGCAGCUGCCCCACUGACUCCACAGCUGCUCUGAGGACAAGGAGUUGAAGGGGCUGGUGCCCCAGGAGCCUGUGGCCACCCUGCUCCAGGGAGCUGUGGGAGGGAAGGAAGCAUUCCUCAGCACAGGGCAUCAAUCUCAGCUCAGCUUGUUCAAAGUUCUCCAGCCAUUUGAGAAUCCAUGAAUAGCAUUUGCUUCCUGCUGCUCUGUCCUUCUUGUCUUGGGAUAAUUUUGAAGUACUUUUUCCCUGCCUUUGAAAGCAAAACGUUUUAUUCAGGAUACACAUUCAGGAGUUCUGCAUUUGACUACUUCUAAAAAAGAACUUCAGUCCACUUUUUAAAAAGGGUCUGUGCACACCCCCACAUGAAAUGUAAGGUGUCAUGGUUCAAAGGCUGCCAGGCCUUUGAACAUUCUCCAGAUGAACAGUGAACAGUGCAGGCUGCAGUUACAUACUGGAAAAUACUCAGUGGAGGAACCAGUCAUGCAAGGACGCUGAUGCUCAAACACCACGGAGACAGAGAACUCACUUCCAAUUGCAAAGAUGUUCUUCAGCCAUGAGAGAAGAGGACCAAAUGCUACCACAAUCCAUAAAUCCUCUCUAAGUAUUCAGGAGUGCUAAGAAGUAAAUGGGUCAUUUUGCAGGAGUCUGUUUCUUCCAGCAGCUGAGCAAAGCCCAGGUGACAGACACAGCAGCUGCGUGUCCAGGGGGUCACACUGCAAGGCAGCAGCUGACAGGAGCUUCCCACUAAGUGUAGGAGUGUGCCAGCUCCCAGUCUCCCUGCUCUGGGGCUCAGUGCAGCUCCAGGCAGUGGUGAAAUGAACUAAAGCACUGAAUCCCAUCUGGAUGGAAGCACAACUGUAGCAGCUUCCAGACAGGCAAGCUGGACAUGCACCACAGUGGAUUUGGUUGACCAUCUUGUGAGUGAGACAUAACACACACUUUGGUUGCAAUUAUUUUUUAAUGGAAAAGACUAAUCUGUUUCACAUAAAUAUCAAUUAGUGACAAGUCAGUUGAGUAAAGGAAUACAUACCCCCAAGUUUUAAAGGCUCAUAAUGAACUGACAAAGUAGCACACAAUGACGACUACAUGGAAUUAAUUGGAAGAGGUGGGCUGCACGUCGAUCCGUUCAUUUAAGUUCAGCUGCUGAUCACAUCUGUUCCUGGAGUUAGUCACAGUGCAGUCUUCCCGUGGAGCAACAAGGACAUGUGAAGGGGAAAGUGAACUCCUAAAACACCUCUCUGCCUCCAGCAGAAAGCCCUGGCUAUGAAAGUACAAAAGCCUCAAGUGUUUUGCUGAUGUUAAGCCCUUUCAGGGUCUGGUUUCAGAUGUGCAGUCUCCCCUUCUCGGACUAAAAACUUGCUUUUAAAUGAAUGCACAGGAUUGAUAGACAGGAAUGUGUUCACACUGCAAAGUGACACCAAGGUUGGAUCUUAAUAAUAAUUUCUUUUCUACAGGGUUGUGAGGAACUCAAAUCACUCUUAUUCCCAGGCAGGCUGCAGGGAUGGGGAGAAGGGGGGCCCAGUUUCAUAGUCAUUAAGAGCAAUUUGUUAAGUGAGUAGAAGCUGCACCAGAAGCUGUGGAGCUUCACAGUUUUUCCAUGGAGCCUGGCAGGCAUGAUCCACAUUUCCAUAUAACGUCUUUGCACUUGUUCCCACAGGCUCAAAAGGCUAAAUAUCUGAAGAGGUAUUGCUCAUAUUAUGUCCACAGCUUCAGGAAGAUCCAAGUUACAGGACCCCAUUUUCACAUACAUAAUCACAUGGAAACCACAGAUUAAAUACCUUUAAACUGCAUCAGUGGGAGCCACAGUUUGCCAUGUUAAUGUUUCCCAAUUAAACAGCAGGUCAUCAAUCUGCUGAAGGCAUCUAAUUCCCCAAAUAUUACCUUUAAAUAUUAUGUGGCUAAGAUGCCUGUUUUCCAGUGGUUUAGUCAAUAAAAAUUCAUUAUGAAUUAUCUAGAACUAACAGAAACACACUUUUCAUUUUACAGCUUUUUCAGUGACUUUCAAAUAGUUUGUAAAUGCUGGGGACACAGUAGGGUCUGAUCUACUGGUGCAUGAAAAUUAACACCCUACCCUGUUCUCUGAAAGGCCCAAAAUUCACAAGAAGAGUUUUGAUCUAAAACUAAGUUACUUAUUCUCCUGUCACAUGUUAGGUCCCAUAAAUCCAUGUAUUUUUCAAAGUCUGGAUUUCACAUAUUUAGCUGGGAAAUGCACCAACACAAGAUGCAAAUGAAACCUCCAAAGUGAGCAACUGCUCCAUAAAACAAAUUGCUUGCAAGUACAGCCUAAGCUGGAACCCAAUGCAUGACAGUUGUAGCAGCUGAAAGAACAGCAGCACUUUUAAAGUCACUG